AUGUAUUUUGAAGCUUUGAAUCAGCGAGCAGUAGCAGUAGUGGUAGAUCCAAUUCAAAGUGUCAAGGGCAAAGUGGUGAUUGAUGCAUUCCGCUCGAUAAAUCCACAGACCAUCAUGCUUGGUCAAGAACCACGUCAAACAACAUCAAACCUGGGGCACCUGAACAAACCAUCAAUCCAGGCCUUGAUUCAUGGAUUGAACAGACACUAUUACUCCAUAGCCAUUAAUUAUAGAAAGAACGAACUUGAGGAGAAGAUAUUAGUCAACCUCCACAAGAAGAAAUGGGCAGAUGGUCUGAAUCUAAAACGAUUUGACACUCACUCUAAGACUAAUGAACAGACCGUCCAGGAGAUGUUGAGCUUGGCAGUCAAAUACAACAAGACGGUACAAGAGGAGGAAGAGUUAUCGCCUGAGAAACUGGCGAUCGUGAAUGUGGGAAGACAAGACGCGAAGAAGCAUUUAGAAGAACAUGUCUCCAACUUGAUGUCAUCAAACAUUGUUCAGACUGUAGGCACUAUGCUCGACACCGUUGUCUUCUAG